AUGGAUUCAGGAAACAGUAUGAAUUUGGAGAAUACAAUGAAUAGAGUCCACCAUGAUCAACUUGUUACAAAGAUAAACACAAACAAGAAAAUGUCCACCUUAGCAAACCCAUCUAACAUCCUGGAAAGAUCGCGGGAAAUUAAGAAAAGUGGUGGUGAUAAACAGGUAGAAAUAACAACUGAAAGAAUAAAAAUGGCGAAGAGCUUCAAAGAAAAACAAAGCAAUGAUUUAGAGAAAGUGGCCCUUAAACGGAAGGCAGAAAGUGAAAAACAGCCAGCCGGAAAGAAAGAGGCAAAGAUAAUGGAACUUGACAAUCAGUUAAUCACCAUGCCUCUGCCUCACAUCCCCCUAAAGAACAUAAUGGAUGUGGAAAUGAAGUUGGUCUACAUUGAUGAAGAGAACGUGAACUAUGAGUUUAUAGAGCCCUCCAUGUCUACUGGGAUUCAGCCAACAUGCCGAGCUGCUGAAAUAGUAGGCCCUAUGAGUGUACCUAAUUUCAGCUUUCUGCCUCAGAUUGACAAAUGGCUUCAGGUAGCCUUAAAGGAUGCCAGCUCUUGCUAUAGACAGAAGAAAUAUGCCGUGGCAGCGGGACAGUUCAGAACAGCACUUGAGCUUUGCAGCAAAGGGGCAGCUCUGGGAAAACCCUUGGAAGCAUCUGCUGAAGACAUAGCAAGUGUGGCCAGUUUCAUUGAGACAAAGCUUGUUACCUGCUACCUGCGGAUGAGGAAACCUGAGCUUGCCCUGAAUCAUGCACACAGGAGCAUUGUUUUAAACCCAGCCUAUUUUCGAAACCAUCUUCGUCAAGCCACAGUGUUCAGAUGUCUGGAGAGAUAUUCAGAAGCUGCCCGGAGUGCCAUGAUUGCUGACUACAUGUUCUGGCUCGGUGGAGGAAAUGAACAGUGUGUGAGCAAGCUCAUCAGACUGUAUUGGCAGGCCAUGAUUGAAGAAGCCAUCACCAGAGCUGAAGCUUUCUCUGUCAUGUACACACCAUUUGCAACCAGAAUAACAACCGACAAAAUAGAAAAAGUCAAAGAGGUUUUCACAAAAACUCAUCCUGCAUAUAUGGAGUAUAUCUACACAGAUCUUCAAGGAUUCCACAUAUUGCCUCAAACAGCUGAUUGGUCAUCUUUUCCUCCCCAGCAAUAUCUCUUGACUCUGGGGUUUAAAAACAAGGAAGAUGGGAAAUUUUUGGAAAAAGUAUCAAAUAGGAAGCUGCCAACAUUUACAGAAUAUAAAACUCCCUUCAAUCUGCUGACCAGAGAAGACACAGUGAGACACAUGGAGACAAUGGGGAAAAGAGUCUUGCCAAUAUUGGAUCUUAUUAGAAGUACCCAAUUGAAUGGGAAUUUCCUGGCAUGCUCUGGUGUGAUGGAGAAGUUACAGUACGCCAGCCUUCUAAACCAGCUGCAGAGAGUGAAGGAGCAGUCCCAAGUGAUUAAUCAAGCAAUGGCAGAACUAGCAACCAUUCCCUAUCUACAGGACCUCAGUCAACAGGAGGCAGAACUGCUGCAGUCACUAAUGGCAGACGCAAUGGACACCCUUGAAGGAAGAGGAAACGAUAAAGAACGUGUGUGGAAUACAAUCCAAAAGAUUGGGCGAAUUGAAGAUUUCCUAUACCAAUUAGAGGACAGCUUCUUAAAAACUAAAAAACUGAGAACUGCUCGGAGGCAGAAAACGAAAAUGAAGCGGCUUCAAACAGCCCAGCAAAGCUAG